AUGAGCGAACAACGGCAACUUGAGAGGACACUACAGCCAGAGUUUGAAGUACCAGAAAGUUCGAAGCUACAUGCGUUGCUUGCAGGUUGGGAUCUGGCGACCUGUAUGGCGCAGGCGUCUGCUGGCGACCCAAUCCAAAUAUAUUUGGAUCUGGAGAGUCUGAAGACUUUGAAAUCACCAGUAAAUCUUCGCCUUCACAGGCAAGAUGAAUUAUUUUCGCGCAACGAAAAGGAGAUCAAAGAAUUCGAGGACGCCAUGUCCAUACCCAAUCCAGCCCAUAGAACCCAGCACAUCCAAGAAUGGUAUCGCGCAUGUGCCAGUCGCGCAAAAAGGAGGCCAGAAAAUCAAGAUAACGCUGUUUAUGCUCUUGACAUAGACUGUCUCUGUGACAGGAUCAAAAAGGCUAAAGAAGUACGUCUUUUCGGCGGCGCCUCACUUGACUUUCUUCGCCGCCUCAUUCUCAAAGGUGUGGCUCAUAAAAUUAGGUGCCAUCUUCAGGUGGGAACGUACAACCUCUCCUCAAAUCUAUUCCCAUAUCAAUUCAACAUCGCUCUCAAUCCUGAUGCGGCUGAAUAUGUGUUUGGACAUUAUGAAGACUUUGAAGAGUUUACUGUUGUAGCAUCUCGAACAGCCCAGAGUGUCAAGUAUCGGCUCCUGAGCCUCGAUCCUAAUUUUUCCCUCCUUGGGAAGAGGAUAAUGGGGUAUAAUAUGGGUAAGACUCCUUUGGAAAUUGCAAAAGGAGAAGCAACACUGGAUUCGGAGUCAUUCCAGCAUAAGCUAGGAAUGCCAGAUCUGACCAUGAUCAUCAUUCAUCUCCGACCUGAUCUGAUUAAAUGCAGGAUCAAAUUUGUCGGAAUUCCUGAUCGAUCUGACGGAAUGAUAUACAAGCGCAAAAGGUCAGGAGUCAAGUCAUAUGAAAUGAAGGAAAAGUCAAGUCUGGAUAUGGAUUUGCCGGAUAUUUUUGCCGUCCUGGCAGCAGAGAGGAGGACUAGAGUCGCAUUUGCGCGCUUUGAACGGUACUGCUCAGGGCUACUUGGACGUUUCAUUUAG